AUGUAUCUCUCUAUAUCGGUUUACAUAAACUUACCUACCUACCUACCUACCUAUCUAUCUAUCUAUCUAUCUAUCUAUCUUGGUUUGUUAAUAUCUAUACAUCUAUGUAUCUAUCUCGAAAUUCCGCCUUUCAGUAUAAUUUAUUUUGGUUAUUCCGUUUACUUUCACAGCGCCUACACAAAUGUUACCUUCAUUUCCUCUCUAAAAGAAGGCACCACGCCCUUGUUUCCGUUCUCGUUAUUCAAACGCGGUUUAUUCCCUCCUGUCAUUCUUUCUAUCUUUUCAACCCUUGGACGUGUUCGGUUUCUUGGAGUCUUCGCGAUUUUUCUGCUUUUUAACUCGAAGAAGUGCCUUCUUUUUGCUUUUAUCAUCUCUAUGCUUCUGCCAAAGUUAUUUGUUCCCUCCACCAUCACUUUCCGAUUCCCUUGUCUCCUGUCGCAUCGUUUUCUUCCGCAGCGCUUUUGA